CACAGCACUAUAAUAAACAAACUUUUGACAAAUAUUUUUUGCAUUCUAAAGCUUUGUCGUCCAUUUUACAAUUUAAAAAUGUUGAAAAGCAGCAACUUAGAUAGUGUUAUUGGUGAACUGGAAGCUGAUCGCACGGCCAGUGGAGCCGUCGCAGCUCCCGAGAAUUCAGUUAACAGCAACAACAAUGUACAGGUGAAAGCAGACGAAAAUGGAUGCAAUUUGGCGGCUUUGCAAAUGUCCUUUGGAGUACUUCAAAUAGCUGAACCGCCGUUGGUACGAGUUCGCGCUCAGCUCAAGGAAUUGAUAGGCAAACAAAACAAAUUCUACAUUGAUCUAUCCAAGGAGAAAUAUAAGCUGGAUUGCAGCGAGAUAUCAAAAUUAUUCGAAAUGAUGAAUAACGUGAAGCACUACAAGGAUAGAUUGAUGAAAAUCAAAAAGGAUAUGCAGACCAUUUAUCAACGUUCUAAAGUCUUAAAGAAACGGGCUGUAAACAUCGCAGCCUGUAAGCAACGCGAUUACCAACGUAAACUCGAAAAGCAACAGCACGAGGAGUCGCUCAUCGGCAAUUAGUUGCAAUAGAAACAUAGAUAUAUUUAAAUGUUAUAACUAAUUAUAAACUCGUAGUACUCAAACAUAAUGAACACUGCGAAAGCUGACAAGACUCCAAACUAAAAGCUAAGGAAGCCACACAUCCACAAUGAUGUACAAUUUACAAGCCAGAGUGCAAUUUCUGUAUUCUACAUAAUUUAAAAAAUACUUUCGAGAUUGACAUAAGUUUCCCAUGCAUGAAAAGAUAAAUUUGAUAGGAUAAUUUUAACAAUGUUUGAACAUUUCUUUUUUUUUUUCAAAUUUCUAAUUGUUUAAAAAAUAUAAUAAUUAAACACUCACAGCGCAAAACAGAGACAAUU